AAAGCUGUUUAUAGGUAAAUAUGGGUUUGAUCUCUGGCCUUCUCCGGACAUCUUUAUAUUGAUUGGAUAAAACUUCUCCAGGUGAGACGUGACUGUUAGAACAGACGUUGCUAUGUUUUGUCUCCAGGUGCAUCAUUUAGACAUGUUCAUCAUUUAAACAUAAACAAACCUUCUAACGGUCAGAGAAACACGGAUUUCUACUUCCACUGUCUUUGAAAAGAAAACACCAACCAGCGACCUUUUUCAUCAGGACCUUUACUAGAGGCCUACUGUCAUGGACAAAAGGACUUUUUUCAUGGAAGAUAUUGUACCAGCAACGUAUGUCGUCAUAUAUGGGCAAACGCUACACGUGGACGACUGUCCUCAUUCCAAACUCCAACUGGCCCAGCAGCCCAUGGCUCAUCCUCCGUAAGAUGCCAGCACCAACCUCCCACAGUGACUCCCCACCUCACUCCUCAGCUGGCUCCCCACCUGGCUCCUUCACUAGGUCCCCCCCAAGAUCUGCUUCUUGUACCCCCUUUAGAGCCUCCUCCAGCUUUUUCCCUACCUCCUCCCCUAGUUCUUCCCAAAGUCCCUCCCCUAGCCUCUCCUCCUGUAGCUCAUCCUCCACUAGCUCCUCCAUUAGUUCAUCCCCUUGCUCUUCCUGUAGCUCUUCUAACUCUCCCUCUAGAUCUUCUCUUAGCUCCUCCUCCAGCUCAUCCCCUCUCUCUUCCUAUAGCUCUUCUUCUUCUAGCUCCUCCUCUAGCUCUUCUUCUAGCUCCUCCUCUAGCUCUUCUUCCAGCUCCUCCUCUAGUUCUUCCCCACCUCCUCCCCUUACUCUUGAAUUAUACUGAAUUAUAUUAACUUGAAUUUAAUUAAAGGUCCACGCUCUGGUGAGAACUGUGUUCUUUUUGCUGCACCAUG